ACAUUGUGCGUGCGGCUUCAGAAUUAUUUAUUAUUCAACAUUCGUUUUAGUGAGAAAUAUGGAAAUACGGGAUUUUGUUUGAACAUUGGAUGAAAGCACGCCAUUGAAUCAAAGUAAUUGGAAUUGAAAAUACAAGUAGUUGGAUGAAAGCACGCCAUUGAAUCAAAGUAUUUGGAAUUGAAAAUGGAAGUAGUUGGAUGAAAGCAAGCCAUUGAAUAAGAGUAAUAAGAAUUGAAAAUGGAAUUAGUGAAUCACCAUGGAUGAGCACCUAGCAUUCAACGGAAAAGCUGGGAAGCUCGACGAACGUGUAUUUUCAAAGCUGAAAUUACUAUGCCGGCCUGUUAAAGCAAGACAAGACAACGCACAACAAGGCAAUGAAACAACGCUUGUUUCACAAGAUGAUGUCCCGUUCUACAACACACGUCUUGUUUUACACACGGUUGAAAAACCUUGGACGGGGGAUCUAUCUGAGGAAGAAAUAGAGAAUAACCUGGAACAGAUAAUUCUACAUUACGCAAUUGUUCCCCAAGUGGCCUACUACAGAAAUGAACAGACUGUUAGCUUCGUUGCACCAUACUUCGGAGGGGGUACCUUAGAUGAAGUAAUACAGAAAGAAAGAGAUAAAACAGCAGCGAUCGAAACGGAAAUACCAUCUGACAGAAAACCGGAAAUAGCACUUGAAAGACCGCAAACGUUAGAAUGGAAGGAUAAGUUACGAAUACUUUACCAAAUAUGCCGGGCCAUUGAAUAUCUUCAUCAGCCACCAAAAUGUGAAAGAAAACCUGUAUCCCAUGGCAACAUUUGCAUGCAAAACGUUCUUUUGGAUGAGCAGAAGAAUGCCCGAUUGUUAUUUUUUACACCAAAAUCGGUCGAAGGAGGAGUUGGGGAGGAACAGUUUCAAGAGGACAAAAACAAAGAUGUGCAAGCCUUCAUAGAAAUGACUCACGACUUCCUUAAACAAAGCAGGAAGAAAACAGAUGUUCUUGCACGUAAACAAACGGCUGUUACGAUGACAGAUAUAAAAAAAGAAUUGGAGUCGGGUCUUAGAGGAGAGGGUAUCAACUGGUGGACCCCAUCGCAAGACGUUGGAAAAACGAAAGACAAGUGUGAGAUUUGCUGCAUAAAUAAGCCCGAGAAGACUUUCCAAAAGCUUACACAUGAUCGAUUAUGUGGUUCCAAAAUACAGAUGUGCGUUGGAUGUUUAUGGAACUGGCAAUACAAUCCCGUCAAAUGCCACACGUGUGAUCAAGACAAAAUACGGUCCCCAGUCGGUGAUUGCUGGGGUGCCAUUAUCAUAGCGGGCACAGAUGAGAAGCAGGAAAUUACAAAAAGUUUUGAAGACGAUAUAGAAAAGCUGAAAGAUAGAGUAAUUACAAAGGCGACUUUGAUGGGUGUAAGGAACAAUGUUGUCACAGUAAAGAAAUCCAAUACAACGUAUGGUGAACAAUUAGAGAAGGCGUUCAACAAUGUUGAUACUCCAGAGAUCACCACCAUCGUACUAGUUUAUUCGGGUCAUCAUGGGGAUGGAAAAUUUCAACUAGAUACUUACCCGUUGAAAGAUAGUGAACUUGAAAUGAAAAUCAAUUGUCUUAAACAUGUGACGAAAGUAAUUGUAUUUCUUGAUUGCUGCUACCCAAAGAAGUUUAAUCUGGGUGACAAAGCGGUAUUGCAGAUCAAUGCCGUAACAAGCCAACAAAAAGCUAUAUGUGGACAAGCAGGUAGCCAGUUCGUAAAUGACAUUGUCGAUGUAUUGACAAAGCCCUGGGAAUGUAACUGUUGCAAAAAUAGACCUUUAAUAAGAGAUUAUGACAUACACAGGCAUUUCAACAAUCACCUCAACUGUUUGCCGACAGAAACAUCACAACAUUCAUACACACAAGGGGACAUUGACCACAUUCUAACGUUUAGAACAGUUGACCCUGGAUGGCAGAAAGCGUUGGAUGAAUCAUUAGAAAGCAGCCCAUUCCAAAAAUUGAGAAAUAAGCUAUUUGAACUGUACAAAGAAAAUGCAAGCACAUUAAGAGUUCGUAUUGACAUUGAUGAUGCACUUGAAAAAGUAUAUGAAGAGCCUAAACUUACUUUAAAGGAAAAUGGAAAAGAAGAAAGGCCUAUAGAUUUAAAUAACAUUUUUCGAAGCAAAGAGGGCACGAUGGCUAAAACGAUAUUUGUUGAAGGAGAGCCUGGCUCUGGAAAGUCCUCGCUAUGUAAGAAGAUCGUUCAUGAUUGGUGUGAAACAAAACAGGAACCGGAGGGGCAGUCAACGGAUAAAUGGUGUGAAAUGUUAAGUCAGUUUGAAUUCGUAUUUUACGUAAUUCUCCGAGAGGCAAAGGAUGAAUGCAACAUCUCGAAUAUGAUAUUGAAAUAUAUUAUUGCCAGGAACAGAUUAGAACAAGAAAGCGAAAGAAUAUUGCUUAAAGACAUUUUGGAAACCAACACCUGUCUGCUAUUGCUUGAUGGCCUAGACGAAUGGCAGCAUCCUGAAAAGUGCACUCUGAGUGAGAAAACUCCCCAUGUUGAUACAAGUUGGAAGAAAUGUACCCUAUUCACCACAACUAGGCCGUACAAACUGGCUGAGCUAAAAAUAGACUGCUCUAAGAUUGGGAAUCACGUGAUGUUGAAGGGAGUUACGUACCCUGACAAACUAGUUAAAAAGAUAGUUUCUAGAUUAAAUACCAUUCACGGCACAACAAAAUUAAAGGAUCAAUGCAUCACGGACAUCAAAGAAAAGCUUAUGUGGCAUUUCAGUAAAUGUCCAAUCAUGUUAGCUCACAUCGUUUGGCUUUGGUACAAGGGAAAGCUUUCGGAAGAUAUGAAACGUUCUGAUCUUUACAGAACCUUGCUGAGGGAACGAUGGUUUGAAUUAUGUGAGAAGAACACAUCAUGUAAUGAAUCCAAAUACAGCGACAUGAUAAAUGCUCUGAGCCAAAUAGCAUUUGAACAGUUAUUUGCUAAAGAUGAAGAUAGUACAAUUGUGUUUGAAAUAGAUCAGGAGGAGAAUACGAUCUUCAAAAAUCAAAAAGGUGCAUCGUUAGAUUCUGGCAUCAUUUCCUGCACCAAUAUUCCUGGUGAAUAUUCUCCGAAAUACCACUUUUUGCACAAAUCGUUUCAAGAGUACCUAGCGGCGCUGUAUUUAUCAAAAGAUAUUUCAACGUCGAUCUUGCAUAUCAAAAAAACAUACCAAAUUCACAGAAGUGAAAGCGGAACUAGCUUGUCCGAAGUUUUAAUUUUCCUUUGCGGUUUGAAUUCCAAAGCUGCCGAAGAACUUUCGAGAAUAAUGAAUGAGUUGUUCACUGAAUUUUGCGAAAGAGAUAGUAAUUAUAGUUACGAACAAAAUGAGUUUCAGAAAAAGAUCAUUCAAGGUCAAAUAGAGCUAGACAGGGGAGAAAGAUCCGGGGUGAAAUUAAGCCUACAGCACUUACAUCUUGAAAAAUAUAACAGGCUUGACAGAGACGAAAUAACCGUCUUAGAGGAAAAUAUAAAGACAAACCCAUCAUGCAAAGUAUCAUUGUAUAUAUACCUCAACCCCACACUUGCAUUGUCCUUAGCGAAGAGUAAUGACAACCAAGUUCUUGAUUUAGAGAAUUGGAGGGGUCUGAAGUACGUCGAAUUAAACGCAAACAUUUACAAAGAUGUCGCUGGUUUGAAUGUGAGUAAUUUAGUAAAAUGCAAAAUACAAUUCAGUUCUCCCCAGCAAGCUCCGAACCUCGCAUCUUCAUUCUACAACUCUGAUAUGAAAACAAUGAAAUCACUUCAAGUGUCGAAAUGUACAAACUUGAACUGGCUACAUAAAGAUCUGGAACCAAAAGGAAUCCUUAAAGUAGGGAAGGGAAAGGUUUUGAAAUGGCUACAUCGACACGAAACUCUUAAUUUACGACGUAUUGAAAACCUUGAACACCUUACAGAACUUGGAUUAGAACAACUGUCGUACUCAGACGUGGUGAAUCUACCAGUGUCGAGACUAUACACACUUAGAGUUGAAUUCAUUAAGCUACAGCGAGCACCAAAGCUGAUGUCAUCGUUAUUACCACAGGGAAUAUGCAAGAAUGAGCGGGAAGGUCUUUUCUCUCACUUGAAAGACUUAUACCUGGAAAAGAUUCACAUGUCAGAGGAGCAGUUCAUACGACUAUCGCAGUCUUUCAUUAAAGCGGGAGGUACGUCAUUGCAGUUGUGGGAUUGUUCCAUAGAACCGGAAUAUCAGAAUGAAUGCGAGCAGCAGGUAGUAUCAUCUGAGUGUACAACACGUAUUUUACUUGGGUUUGUUACCAUCACAGUAGAGGGGUUUAUUCGACUUAUUGACUACGUGACCAGAUGCGGUCAUUCCGUGGACUUUCACUUGGGCUCAACAACCCUGGAAUCAAACCCUGCUGUUGAACAACCAUCCUUACCGAUGUUGGUUGCACAGCCUAUCUCAGCUGAUUAUACCACGGAGUUGGAACUAUCUCUUAUUAAGAUGUCAACAGAACAAAUGUGUCAAAUCGUCGGUAGGAUUAAUCAACUCGACCAUUCAGUAACAUUAACAUUGGAGGUGUGUACCGUAAAAUCAGACGAGUACAAUCCGCUGAGGCAUCAGAUGGUGCCUCCUCCAAACACGUCACUAAACUAUACCAAACAUAUUAAGAUCAAACACAUGGAUAUAUCGGAAACAUUGUGUUUGUAUGUUGCUUCCAGUGCAAUUUAUUUUGGAUACACGUGUGAGAUAUCAGCAUGUUUUAUACUGCCCAGUGAAGUGCCGCAUGCAGACAAUCUUCACUUUCCCCAGAUGGCUGCCAUCCACUCACCUGGUCAUACAGCAAAACUCAGAUUUUAUAUCGUAUCAAUACCACAACACGUAGUUGAGCGUCUCGCCAGCCAAGCGGCAAUAUCUGGACAUUUGGUUGAGUGUGUGUUAGACAAGUGUGAAGUAGGGCCUCCCCCGGAUGUCUGGUCAUUGAAGGAAAAGAUUAAGGAAGACGCUGCCAUUCAGAUCGAGGAAUUCGAACCAAACAACGACGAGCUUCCAUUCAGUUUUGAGCCUGGCCAAAUAUGGAGCAUUCGUUUUAAAACAACCGCAAAGAAGUCUGCACUCGCAGAGUCCACUGCAGAGAAGCCCGAAGUUACGGAAUGAACACGCAUGUAGAACGGACGUCGGAAUGUUUGACAACGUGAGAUCACCACGGAGAGUUCAUUCAUGCUAAGUGUUAUUAGAACGUUUUACGAAAUUCGUGCCUGCAAUCUGGUAUUAGAGCUCAAUUAUACAAAGUGUACAAAAAAAAUGCAUAAUUGGUGCCUGCAAAAGGGAUACUUAGAGUACAUUCAUACAAAGUGUAUCGAGAAUUGCAGGAAUCGGGAGACCGGGAGAGCAUUCAUACAAAGUAUAACGCGAGAGACAUUUUGUGCCUGAAAUGGGGAGACGGAAGUGAUUUGGAGUUAUUUUUGUAGAUUUUUAAAUGAGUUUUUUUAGGGUGUGUUCCUGUAAAUAUUUUCUUUGACAGUAUUUUCACAAUGUAUAGACAUGUUCCUUUGUUUGUAUCAUUUGCACCAAGUUUUAAAAGAACGUAUUAAAGGUUGACAAUGAUACAGGUUCUUUAUUAUAGGAUGAAACAACUAUACUUCUUUAAUUAUAGCAUUUCCUUUUGGCACCUUUUAUCAAGAUUUCUUCUUUAUUUUGGCCCCCGUUAUAAAUAGAACUUUAUCUUUUCCAUUUGGCCCCCUUCAUCAAGAUUUAUCGUUUCAAGUUGAUCCCCUUUUUCAAAAUAUUCCUGAGCAUUUCGCGUUAGCGUUUACAUAUGGCCUCCAUUAUCAAGAAUGCUAUUAUACAUUUAACCCCCCCCCCCCCCUUUAUCAAGAGUUCUCUUUUUGGUAUUGCCUAAAUAAUCAAGAAUGCUAUUGUCCAUUUAGCCCCCCUUUAUCAAUAGUUAUCCUUUUGUAUGGCCUACAUUAUCAGGAAUUAUAUUUUCCAUUUAGCCCCCUUUUAUCAAAAGUUAUCCUUUUGUAUGGCCUCUUUUAUCAAUAAUGCUAUUUUUCGUUUAGCCCCCUUUAUCAAUAGUUAUCCUUUUGUAUGGCCUACAUUAUCAGAAAUGCUAUUGUCCAUUUAGCCCCCCUUCAUCAAUAGUUAUCCUUUUGUAUAGCCUACAUUAUCAGGAAUGAUAUUUUCCAUUUAGCCCCCUUUUAUCAAUACUUAUCCUUUUGUAUAGCCUCUUUUAUCAAGAAUGCUAUUUUUCGUUCAGCCCCCUUUAUCAAUAGUUAUCCUUUUGUGUGGCCUACAUUAUCAGAAAUGAUAUUUUCCAUUUAGCCCCCUUUAUCAAUAGUUAUCCUUUUGUGUGGCCUACAUUAUCAGAAAUGAUAUUUUCCAUUUAGCCCCCCUUUAUCAAUAGUUAUCCUUUUGUGUGAGCUACAUUAUCAGGAAUGAUAUUUUCCAUUUAGCCCCCUUUAUCAAUAGUUAUCCUUUUGUAUAGCCUACAUUAUCAGGAAUGAUAUUUUCCAUUUAGCCCCCUUUUAUCAAUAGUUAUCGUUUUCGUUGUUUUGGCCUCCAUUAUCAAGAAUGCUAUUUUUCAUUUGGUCACCUUUAUCAGGAGUGAAAACGAUCGGUGGAACAGCCAGACAUUGGACUUUGAUCAUUUUAUAGAUAUAUCACUCUGAUGUAACAAAGACGCCAUUUGCCAUUCUUGUUUUUGAUAUUGAUAUGUUUUAUUUAUGAUAUUGACUGUAAGAUGUGCGUGUAUUAUUGAUUUUGUAAUAAUCAUAAUGCUUGUAAAAGUAGUUUUGUCGUUUUGAAGGAAUUAUGAAAAAUAGUUAUCAUUGCUUAUUGAUUUGAGUUUAACCUGUUUAUUGUUCUACAUGAACAACAUAAUAAGUAAUUAAUAAUGCAUGUGUUCUUGGAUACCUACGUUUGUAUUUAUCAUUGGUUUCAAUAACACCCCGAGACAUGGGACAUUUAUAACAAUACAAAACUUUCAGAUAGAGAUAAGACUUAUUGAACGAUUGAACUACCUCUCUUUCCUAACUUCAUUCAUAUAUCAUAAUUUGUGUGUGUUUUAAGAUUACAUAUACAGUAUGUAUCAUUGGAGGAAAAGAAAGAAGCAAAAGCGUGUAUAACAUACUGUCUGAUAUAAACAGUUUUCCAUGAUUCAUGUUUUCUCUUUUUUUAUACGUUCAUGAACAUUGUUUCAAUAUCCUUAAUCAGUCAGAAUCUAUUGAUACAGAAAUAAUUGUGUCAAUAUGUUCCUAUUCAUAUGUUCUGAUCAUGAUAUAUGAUAGUUGGAUGUUUGCUUUGUGCAACUUGUAAAUAUGAUUUUUUUAAUGAAAAUACGAUAUUUUGUAUUGAAAAACACGAAGAAAUGAAAAAUAGUUCGAAGAAAUGAAAUAUAGUUCGAAGAAAUGAAAAAUAGUUCGUACUUCUGUGCACGUUUUGAUGCAUUUCGUGAUAAAUCCAUUACUUACAAGAAUUUUAACCCUAGAUUUCUAAUUUCUAUCAAUUGUAGUAUUCCCUUGUAAGUAAAUAAUACUAAUAAGUAAGCGGUACGUUAAAUGAAAGAUCAUUGUAUGAUUAUUUUUUUAGCUUUGAAUAACCUGUGAAAAUCUUGUUUUGGUACAUAAUUGAAUUCAGGACGAAAAACUUUAUGAAAAACGGUAAGAAAUCAAUAUGUACACGUUUCAUUGAAAUUUACUUAUUAAGAAUAUAUCUGUAUAUACAUUAACCUUUGUUAUUCAUAUCAGUUGUAGUAUGCUCAUGUAAAUAAGUACAUUGUUCAUUUAUUCAACUGAUUAGACGGUACAUGUACGUACUGAACAUUGUAUGAUGUUUUGUAUUUUGCUUUGUAUAACUUGUGUAUAUAGUUAUUGGAUGAGUUAUUGUUUUCUUAAACGGAAAGACGCAUUGUUUUAUUGGUAAAGAAUUGAAUUUAUAACAAAAGAAAUCAUGAAAAACAUGACACCAUUUGUAUUUUGCUUUGUAUAACUUGUGUAUAUAGUUAUUGGAUGAGUUAUUGUUUUCUUAAAGGGACAGACGCAUUGUUUUAUUGAUAAAAAUUGAAUUUAUAACAAAAAACUUCAUUAAAACACAAAGGAAUCAAUAUGUGAACGUUUCCUAAAAUUUCAUUUUAUGGAAAUUUCUGCAUAUAAUUUUAAACCUUGGUUAUUCAUAUCAGUUGUAGUAUUCCCAUGUAAAUAAGUACAUUGUUCAAAUAUUCAACAUAUUAGACGGUACAUGUAUGUACUGAUCAUUGUAUGAUGUUUUGUAUUUUGCUUUGUACAAGUUUUGAACAUAGUUAUUGGAUGAGUUAUUGUUUUGUUUAAGAGAAAGACGCCUUAACAAAUGAAGUUGACAGUACAAGAACGUGCGUUAAAUCUUCUUGCUUUUCCAUUGUAAUGAGCAUAGUGUUGAUGUAUUGAAAAUAUAAAACGUCACAUGAAAGAAGGAUAAUGGUGUCUGUAAUUCAUUUACAUUUCGUAAGUUAAUUACUAUACUGUUCAAUUACUGAACGCAGUCGACGUUACAUCAAUGUAUAUUGAUUGACACAAUAGGUGGCUGAUAUGUAUUUGCUUUCCCAAAUUGUAAUUAUGUUUUUUUCAAUUACUGAGCUAAAUAGACGGAACAUGAACGUUAGGUAAUGGUGUAUGCAAUUCAUUUACCUUUCCCAUGUUCAUUUCUAUUUUGUUCAACUUGUUGAACUUAGUAGAUAUAACAUUGCAGUCCAUUUAUGGUGUCUGCAAUUCAUUUACUUUUCAAUGGUUAAUUCCUAUAUUGUUAAGUUUAUAAACUUAGCAGAUGGAACAUAAACGUAAGUUAAUGGUGUCUGCAGUUUAUUAAAUAUUCGCAUAUUAAUUACGAUAUUGUUCACUUAUUGAAAUAAGAAGACGUAAUAUUAACGCAGGCUUAUGGUGUCUGCAAUUUGUUAACUUUUAUAAGUUAAUUACGAUAUUGUUCAAUUACUGAACGUAGUAGAUGGAACAUUAACGUAAGUUAAUGGUGUCUGCAAUUUGUUUUUCCAUAUUAAUUACGAUAUUGUUCACUUAUUGAACAAAGUAGACUUAAUGUUAACGUAGGCUUAUGGUGUCUGCAAUUUAUUAACUUUUUAUAAGUAAACAACGAUAUUGUUUACUUAUUUAACUACGAAGACGUAUUAUUAACGUAAGCUUAUUGUAUCUGCAAUUUAUUUGCUUUUCAUAAUUAUUGCGUUUCGACUUGAGGGUGUUUAAAAAAAAAUGGCAAAGGUUUUUUAUUUCGAAAUAUGGCCAAAUUUUAACUGUCUAGGUCGCAAUCGUUUACAAGUUUCAGAAUGAUAUAAGUGCUUUUUUAUUCAGUCUUAUGCAGUUUAUAAAAGAAAGAUAUAACUUUAUUGGAUAAAGUCAAAUAUUCCCAAUCGUGAAUUAAAUAUCCAUGCUUUGGAAGCUUUCAAUCACCCUUAUUGUUUAUAGAAAUGAUGUAAACUAUAAGUGCUGCAAGCAUGCUGUGUAAAAGACCUCUGAUAUAGACACAAUUCAUGGAUGAAUUUGUUCUAUGUAUGAAUGGUGUGUAAUAACUCUAUGUGUGGAUGGUGUGUAAUAACUCUUUGUAUUGAUAUUAUAUAAUAACUCUAUGCAUGAAUGGCUUGUAAAAAUAUAUUUUUGGAUGGUAUGUAAUAACUGGAUGUAUGGAUGGUUUAUAAUAUCUCUAUUAAGAUCGUGAUUGGAAACUCUAUAUGUGCAUGGUGUGUACAACUAUAUGUGUGGAUGGUGAGUUCUAACUCUAUAUAAGGGAUUAUGUUUUAUCACUCUAUGUAUGGACCGUGUGUAAUAACUUGCAUGGAAUCAUUGUAAUAAUCAUAUUUUAUGGUGUGUAAUAACGCUUUUAAAUGGAUGAUGUGUAAUAAUUUUAUGCGUGGGUGCUGUGUCACAGCUCUAUGUGUGUAUGGUGUGUAAUAUAACUAUAUGUAUGUAUGAUGCAUUCUUACUAUAUGUGUAGUAAAUGUAUGUAUGGAUAGUUAACAUUAACUCAAUGUUUGUAUGGUGUGUAAGAACUAUGUGUUUGGAUAAUGCAUUCUUACUAUAUGUUUGGAAUAUGUGUAAUAACUAUAUGUAUGGAUAGUUAACAUUACCUCUAUGUUUAUAUUGUGUGUAAGAACGAUUUAUAUGGAUGAUGCAUUCGAACUAAAAGUAUGGAUUGUUUGUAAUAAGUAUUUGUAUGGACGAUGUGUAGUAAAUGUAUGUAUGGAUAGUUAAAAUUAACUCAAUGUUUGUAUGGUGUGUAAGAACUAUGUGUAUGUAUGAUGCAUUCGAACUUUAUGUAUGGAUUGUUUGUAAUAAUCAUAUGUAUGGACGAUGUGUAGUAACUAUGUAUGGAGUGUGUGUAAUAAGUAUAUGUAUGGACGAUGUGUAGUAACUAUGUAUGGAGUGUGUGUAAUAAGUAUAUGUAUGGACGAUGUGUAGUAACUAUGUAUGGAGUGUGUGUAAUAAGUAUAUGUAUGGACGAUGUGUAGUAACUAUGUAGGGAGUGUGUGUAAUAAGUAUAUGUAUGGACGAUGUGUAGUAACUAUGUAUGGAGUGUGUGUAAUAAGUAUAUGUAUGGACGAUGUGUAGUAACUAUGUAUGGAGUGUGUGUAAUAAGUAUAUGUAUGGACGAUGUGUAGUAACUAUGUAUGGAGUGUGUAAUAAGUAUAUGUAUGGACGAUGUGUAGUAACUAUUCAUGGCGUGUGUGUAAUAAGUAUAUGUAUGGACGAUGUGUAGUAACUAUGUAUGGAGUGUGUGUAAUAAGUAUAUGUAUGGACGAUGUGUAGUAACUAUGUAGGGAGUGUGUGUAAUUACCAUAUGUAUGGACGAUGUAUAGUAACUAUGUAUGGAGUGUGUGUAAUAAGUAUAUGUACGGACCAUGUGUAGUAACUAUGUAUGGAGUGUGUGUAAUAAGUAUGUGUACGGACGAUGUGUAGUAACUAUGUAGGGAGUGUAUGUAAUAAGUAUAUGUAAGGACGAUGUGUAGUAACUAUGUAUUGAGUGUGUGUAAUAAGUAUAUGUACGGACGAUGUGUAGUAACUAUGUAUUGAGUGUGUGUAAUAAGUAUAUGUAUUGACGAUGUGUAGUAACUAUGAUUUGAGUGUGUGUAAUACCUAUAUGUAAAGACGAUGUGUGAUAACUAUGUAUGGAGUGUGUGUUAUAAGUAUAUGUACGGACGAUGUGUAGUAACUAUGUAUGGAGUGUGUGUAAUAAGUAUAUGUUCGGACGAUGUGUAGUAACUAUGUAUUGAGUGUGUGUAAUAAUUAUAUAUAAGGACAAUGUGUAGUACCUAUGUAUUGAGUGUGUGUAAUAAGUAUAUGUACGGACGAUGUGUAGUUACUAUGUAUUGAGUGUGUGUAAUAAGUAUAUGUAAGGACGAUGUGUGAUAACUAUGUAUGGAGUGUGUGUAAUAAGUAUAUGUAUGGACGAUGUGUAGUUACUAUGUAGGGAGUGUGUGUAAUAAGUAUAUGUAAGGACGAUCUGUAAUAACUAUGUAUGGAGUGUGUGUAAUAAGUAUAUGUAAGGACGAUGUGUAGUAACUAUGUAUGGAGUGUGUGUAAUAAGUAUAUGUACGGACGAUGUGAAGUAACUAUGUAUGGAUUGUGUGUAAUAAGUAUAUGUAAGGACGAUGUGUAGUAACUAUGUAGGGCGUGUGUGUAAUAAGUAUAUGUACGGACGAUCUGUAGUAACUAUGUAUGGAGCGUGUGUAAUAAGUAUAUAUAAGGACGAUGUGUAGUAGCUAUGUAGGGCGUGUGUGUAAUAAGUAUAUGUACGGACGAUGUUUAGUAACUAUUCAUGGAGUGUGUGUACUAAUAUGGCAAUACAGUGGAGUCGUAUUUUUACUGUAAAAUGAACAUAUCUAGUGCUGUUCAUAAAUAACUAUAUUUUGAUUAAAAUUUAAGCCAAUAAUUGAAUAGAUGUGUGUAUGAUAUAUAUACUGUUUUAAGAGAUUGAACAAAUGUGUUUAUAUAGUGUAUUUUGCUACUAGAGAUUGAGUCAAUGUGUGUAUUUGAUAUACAUUGCUAUGAUAGAUUGAAUAAAUGUCUGUGAAUGA